AUAAAUUUACUUCCUUACGACUGUUAGUGUGACGUCAUAGUAACGGGAUGUUAGUGUUAUUGGCACAGAGUAUGCGCGAAUGUUAAUUCUUUAUUCUAAAAUUAUCUAGAAAAAAAUGUUCUUGACCAAUCGGUUAGCUCUUAAUAAACGGAAAUCCGGUAGAUCACGUUUCCGGAAGUGUUUAAGAACACGUGCCGACAGGUGUUUUCUCGACAACUUCUGUCCUCGUUACUUGAUUUUUAAUUGUUCAUUCCUCUAAUAUUCAAUAAAGGAAAUUUAGUUUCUACCAUGACCAGUAAAACUGAUAAUAAAAUUCUUUUAAGAGCUGCUACUUAUCUUUCUCCUAGUAUUCCAGUAGAAUACUAUGAAAUGAUUUUACAUUAUUUGGAAGAAAAGUUGGGAAUAUAUACUACAUUAUUAUAUGAAUCUCGUUGGGAGGGACCUCAUCCUGAUCGACCUAAUCCAUUUGCUAAUAAUGAAAUUGAUUUAGCUUGGAUGAGCAGUUCUGUUUAUCUUCGAAUGCUUAGAAAUUCAAGCAAAAGUAUUGAAUUAUUGCCUGUUUCUUCAGUUCAUUAUCAUCAAAAAGGAGAAGAUCGUCCUGGUUGCUUUGCUGAUGUUGUUGUUCAUAGAGAUUUGAAGGAUAAAGUAAAAGAUUUCAUAGAUUUGAGAGGUUCUAAAUGGGCUUAUAAUUGUGGUGAAUCAUUAAGUGGUCAUGUUAUAACACUUCAAAAUUUAAAAGAAUUAGGGGAAAAUGCAUCUUUUUUUGGUACUAUUUUGUAUUCAGGUUCUCAUCUUGAGUCUCUUCGAAUGGUGUUGAACAAAAAAGUGGAUGCUGCAGCUAUAGAUUCAAAUUGUUUUUCUUUAUACAUGGAUAAAAAUUCAGAAGCAAGAAAAGAAGUUUUUGUUUUAAAAUCUUGGGGAAUGUUGACACCCUAUCCAAUUGUUGUUAGACCAACAUUAUCAAAUUCCCUGAAAAGAAGUAUUGUAGACACACUUCUUCAAAUGCAUAUGGAUCCAAAAGGUGCUAAAAUAUUAUCAGGAUUUCGGGUGAGAAGAUUUGCAAAAAUAUCUCAAGAUGAUUUUUCUAAUGAACAGGAUCUUAUUGAAAACACUCAAAAUCUUAGUUUUACAACUGUAUACUAUUAAAUUUGAAAUCUGUUGAAAUUAAAGAAUAUAAAUUUAUAAUCUAAAAUAUUUACUUAAAUGUUUUAAAAUGGAAAAAUAUAUUGAUUAU